AUGGGAAGUCCGGUCGAUGACUCCUUAUUCUGUGACCAAGUGCAAUAUGCAGCAGCACAAGAUGUGGAUUUAGCCGUCGAGUCCGCAGAAAUAGCAUUCAAUGGUCCGUGGCGCAAGUUCACAGCCGCACAACGUGGGGAGGCACUUUCAAAGUUAGCUGUCAUGUUGCUAGAGCACAAGGAGGAGCUAGCAUACCUGGAUGCAACUGCUAUUGGGAAGCUUGGAGCUGAAACUGAAGUUGAAUUUGCAGCAUCGAUUCUAAGAUACUAUGCUGGUUGGGCCGACAAAUACCCAGGCGAAUCAUUCCCCGGCGAGGACGGCUUCGUCAAGAUUGUUCGACAUGAACCGCUCGGUGUCUGCGCCGGAAUAAACCCCUGGAAUGGCCCCAUCGCCACAAUGUGUCUCAAGAUCGGACCUGCCUUGGCCAUGGGGAAUGUCAUUAUCCUGAAGCCUAGUGAGAAAACACCCCUUGCAUCGAACAGGCUCGCCUAUCUGGCUUCCGAGACAGGAAUUCUCCCACCUGGCGUUAUCCAAAGCUUGUCAGGUGAUGGAGCAACCGGGGCAAUGCUGGCGAGCCACAUGAAAGUACGCAAAGUGAGCUUUACCGGCUCCGUCGCGACCGGAAAGAAGAUUCAGGAAGCAGCUGCGAAGAGUAAUCUCAAGCGAGUCACGCUGGAACUGGGCGGAAAGUCGCCGUCUGGGAUUUUCGAGGAUUGCAGCUUUGACAACGCGGUAUGUUGGUCUGUUUUUGCCAUCACCCAGAUUACGGGCCAGGCAUGCUUUGCUGCGAGUCGAGUCUAUGUCCAAGAGAGUAUUGCAGAGAAGUUUAUCGAGGCGUUUACGAAGGGCAUGAAGGAGAAGAUGAAAGAGCUAGGCCCGCUUGCCGAUAAGAGCCAGCUUUCUCGCGUUUCAUCCUUCAUUCAGAAUGACGCUGGCCGAACCAAGAUUCUUGUCGGUGGAAAGCAGCAUGGUAACGAAGGCUGCUACUGGGAGCCGACAGUCUUCUACAACCCAGAGAAAGAUGCCCAGGUGUACAAAGAGGAGAUCUUUGGUCCUGUGGCAUGUGUCAGUACUUUCAAGGAUGAAGAAGACUUCUUGCGUCUUGCUAAUGAUUCUGAGUUUGGCCUUAUGGCUGGUGUUUUCACGCAGGAUAUCAAUCGUGCCAUGAGAAUUUCCUCACGCUUGGAUAGCGGGGUUGUUGGAAUCAACUGCGUUAGUACGAUUAGUCUGCAGACCCCCUUCGGCGGGUCUAAGCAAUCAGGUAUUGGACGAGAGAUGGGUCACUAUGCUUUACGCAGCUUCAGUGAGCCCAAGACUGUUCUCAUCAACAUGAACUAUUGA